AUGUGGUGGGAGAUAGAGGUGUUGAAGGUGGAAGGACACCAGCUGGUGUGGUGGGCAGCCUCACCCCAGAGGACGCAGAUGAGUGGCUGUUUUAUUCAUACCUGUGGUGGGACCUUAAAAGGGAGGAAUGGCACCAUAGAGAGUCCAGGUUUCCCCUACGGAUAUCCAAAUGGUGCCAACUGCACAUGGGUCAUUGUCGCAGAGGAGAGGAACAGAAUUCAGAUUGUAUUUCAGUCUUUUGCAGUGGAGGAAGAGUAUGACUUUCUGUCACUAUAUGAUGGGCAUCCCCAUCCAGCGAAUUUUCGGACAAGAUUGACAGGAUUCCAAGUCCCACCCCCUGUCACAAGUACAGGAUCGGUUUUUUCACUGCGUCUCACGAGUGACUUCGCUGUAAGCGCUCAUGGAUUUAAAAUUUACUAUGAAGAAUUACAGAGUAGCUCCUGUGGAAAUCCGGGCAUUCCACCCAAAGGAGUCCUCUAUGGAACAAGUUUCCAAGUCGGGGACAAGAUCCGGUACAGCUGUGUGGCCGGGUAUGUCCUGGACGGGCAUCCGCAGCUGACCUGUGUCACAAACACGGGAAACACCGCGGUGUGGGACUUCCCCAUCCCCAUCUGCAGAGCUGAGGACACUUGCGGUGGGACACUGAGGGGUUCAAGUGGCAUCAUUUCCAGCCCAAAUUUCCCGGGUGAAUACCACAACAGUGCAGACUGUACAUGGACCAUCCUUGCUGACCCAGGAGACACCAUCUCCAUCAUCUUUACUGACUUUCAGACGGAGGACAAGUAUGACUACCUGGAGAUUGAGGGUUCCGAGCCUCCAACAAUACUGCUGUCUGGGAUGAAUAUACCUGCACCUAUUGUCAGCAGUAAGAACUGGCUGAGGCUACACUUUGUGACGGACAGCAAUCAUCGAUACAGAGGCUUCAGUGCUCAAUAUCAAGUGAAAAGGUCAGUGGAUUUUAAAUCCAGAGGAGUGAAGCUAUUUCCAGGCAAAGACAACAGCAACAAAUUCCCUAUACUGAAUGAUGGAGGUAUAAAACAAGCAUCAAAUUCCUGUCCUGACCCAGGGGAGCCAGAGAAUGGCAAGCGGAUUGGGUCAAACUUCAGCAUCGGCGCCACGGCCCAGUUCACCUGCGACGAGGACCACGUUCUCCAGGGCUCCAAGACCAUCACGUGCCAGAGGGUGGCCGAGGUUUUUGCCGCUUGGAGCGACCACCGGCCUGCCUGCAAAGCAAAAACAUGUGGAUCUAACCUUCAAGGACCCUCUGGUACUUUCACCUCCCCCAAUUUCCCCAUUCAGUAUGAGAGCAACUCCCAGUGCGUGUGGAUAAUUACUGCCAGCAACCCCAAUAAGGUAAUUCAGAUUAACUUUGAAGAGUUUGACCUGGAGAUUGGAUAUGACACGUUAACUAUUGGAGACGGAGGAGAGGUGGGAGACCCCAGAGCAAUACUGCAGGUUCUGACAGGCAGUUUUGUUCCUGACCUGAUUGUCAGCAUGACUCAUCAGAUGUGGCUCCACCUGCAGUCUGACGAGAGCGUGGGAUCCAUUGGAUUCAAGAUCAACUAUAAAGAAAUAGACAAAGAGAGCUGUGGGGACCCAGGGACUCCCCUGUACGGAAUUCGAGAGGGAGGAGGCUUCUCUAAUGGGGAUGUGCUCCGGUUUGAGUGCCAGUUUGGGUUUGAACUCAUCGGAGAAAGGACCAUAUCCUGUCAGAACAACAACCAGUGGUCUGCAAAUAUACCCAUCUGCAUAUUUCCGUGUUUGUCGAACUUCACGGCGCCCAUGGGGUCUGUCCUUUCACCGGACUACCCGGAGGGCUAUGGGAACAACCUUAAUUGUGUGUGGCUGAUCCUGUCAGAGCCCGGCAGCAGGAUACACCUCGCUUUCAAUGACUUCGACUUAGAGGCCCCGUACGACUUUUUGGCCGUGAAAGAUGGGGAGCUUCCAGAUUCUGCUGUUCUGGGACGUUUCUCUGGAGCAGAGGUGCCUUCCCACCUUACCAGUAACGGUAACAUCCUGAGACUGGAGUUCCAGGCUGACCACUCCAUGUCUGGCCGAGGGUUCAACAUCACCUACAGCACCUUUGGACAUAAUGAGUGUCCGGACCCCGGGAUGCCCAUAAAUGCCCGACGCUUUGGGGACAGUUUCCAGCUGGGCAGCUCCAUCUCUGUAGUCUGUGAAGAAGGUUUCAUCAAGACACAGGGUGCAGAGACCAUCACCUGUGAGCUAAACAAUGGUCAGGUGAUGUGGAGUGGACCCAUCCCGAAAUGUGAAGCACCUUGUGGAGGUUACUUCACUGCUCCCCGGGGGGUCAUCCUUUCCCCUGGAUGGCCAGGGUACUACAAGGAUUCGCUCAGCUGUGAGUGGGUCAUCCAGGCUGAACCGGGACGGUCCAUCAAAAUCACCUUUGACAGAUUUCAGACCGAACUCAAUUACGACUUUCUGGAGCUUCAUGAUGGGCCAAAUCUGCUGUCUCCUGUCAUUGGCUCCUUCAACGGAACCCAGGUCCCCCAGUUUCUGUUCUCUAGUGGCAACCAGCUAUAUCUGCUCUUCACCACUGACAACAGCCGCUCCAAUAGUGGCUUCAAGAUCUACUAUGAGAGUGUGACAGUUGACAGUUACUCCUGUCUGGACCCAGGGGUACCGGUCAAUGGGCAGCGUUUUGGUCAGGAUCUGUCAAUUGGGGCCACAGUCUCAUUCGUCUGUGACCCAGGCUACACACUGAGUCACGACGAGCCGCUCGUCUGUGAGAAGAACCGCUGGUGGAGUCACUCUCUGCCUGCUUGUGAGGCUCUCUGUGGCGGUGAUGUCAGAGGUCCUAGCGGUACCAUUCUGUCCCCUGGGUACCCCGAGCUGUACCCCAGCUCCCUGAACUGCACGUGGACGGUGGAGGUCAGCCAUGGCAAAGGAGUCCACUUCACCUUUCACAGUUUCCAUUUGGAAGAUCACCAUGACUACUUGCUAAUCACAGAAAAUGGCAGCUUCAUUCACCCGUUGGCUCGACUCACUGGCUCUGUGCGUCCCUCUCCGGUCAACGCCGGGCUCUAUGGAAACUUCAAGGCUCAGUUGCGUUUUAUUUCAGAUUUUUCCAUAUCGUACGAAGGAUUUAACAUCACAUUUUCAGAAUAUGAUUUGGAGCCCUGCGAGGAUCCGGGGACACCUCGCUUCAGCUGGCGCAGUGGCCUCAGCUUUGGCGUUGGGGACAUGCUCAAGUUCUCCUGCAACGCAGGCUACCGCUUGGAGGGGGUGCCGGAGAUUAUGUGCCUGGGGGGCGGCCGACGCAUGUGGAGUGCACCUCUGCCAAGGUGUGUGGCGGAGUGCGGCUCAUCGGUACAUGACAACGAGGGAAUACUCUUGUCACCAAAUUACCCCAUGAACUAUGAGAACAACCACGAGUGCAUCUACAACAUCCAGGUGCCUGCUGGGAAGGGCAUCAACAUCUCUGCCAGAACAUUCCACCUGGGGCAGGGAGACUAUCUGAAGAUCUAUGAUGGAAAAGACAACACAGCGCAGGUGCUGGGCGUGUUCACAGGGUCGGCCAUGCUGGGCCAAACGCUCAUUAGCACCUCCAACCACCUCUGGCUGGAGUUCUUCUCAGAUACAGAGUCCACAGGAGAGGGCUUCAAGCUGCUCUAUUCCAGUUUUGAGCUCUCCCAUUGCGAGGAUCCAGGCGUCCCUCAAUUUGGGUUCAAGAUCAGCGACCAGGGCCACUUCUCUGGCAGUAGCGUGACCUACAGGUGCAACCCAGGCUACACCUUGCACGGCAGCAACACCCUGACCUGCAUGACAGGAGAGAGACGUGCGUGGGACCACGCCCUCCCCUCCUGCAUAGCGGAGUGCGGAGGCAGGUUCCAAGGUGAAUCAUCAGGCCGCAUCCUGUCCCCCGGCUACCCCUUCCCAUAUGACAACAACUUGCGCUGCACCUGGGUCAUUGAGGUGGAGUCAGGGAACAUUGUCAGCCUCCAGUUUCUAGCAUUCGACACGGAGGCAUCCCACGACAUUUUGAGGAUUUGGGAUGGUCCGGUGGAGAAUGAGAUGCCUCUUCGGGAGGUGAGCGGAUCCCUGCUCCCGGAGAGAGUCCACAGCACGCUCAAUGUGGUGACCGUCCAGUUCGAGACCGACUUCUACAUCAGCAAGUCUGGCUUUGCCAUCGAGUUCUCCAGUUCAGUGGCAACAGCCUGCCGUGACCCUGGGGUACCUAUGAAUGGCAGUCGCUAUGGUGAUGGAAGGGAACCGGGCGACACAGUCACUUUUCUCUGUGACCCUGGGUACGAGCUGCAGGGCGAUACAAAGAUUGCGUGCAUUCAAGUGGAAAACAGAUACUACUGGCAGCCCAGCCCACCUAUCUGUAUCGCUCCCUGUGGAGGAAAUCUCACAGGUUCCUCAGGGUUCAUCCUGUCUCCAAACUUCCCACACCCAUACCCCCACAGCAAGGACUGUGACUGGCUUAUCGCUGUGAACCCUGACUACGUCAUAUCUCUGGCCUUCAUCAGCUUCAGCAUUGAGCCCAAUUAUGACUUCCUGUACAUCUACGAUGGCCCGGACAGCAACAGUCGCCUGAUUGGAAGUUUCCAGGACAGCAAGCUGCCUGAGAAGAUCGAGAGCUCCUCUAACACAAUGCACUUGGCAUUCCGCAGCGACGGCUCAGUCAGCUACACGGGAUUCCACUUAGAAUACAAAGCUAAGCUGCGGGAAUCCUGCUUCGAUCCUGGUGGAGUGAUGAACGGGACCAGGCUGGGGACGGACUACAAGCUGGGCUCGUCGGUGACUUUCCACUGCGCCCCAGGAUAUGUGCUGCAGGGCUACUCCACCCUCACGUGCAUGAUGGGGGACGACGGCAGGCCUCAGUGGAACAGAGCUCGGCCCAGUUGCCAAGCUCCAUGUGGAAGUCGAUCCACAGGAACAGAGGGCACAGUCCUAUCGCCCAACUUUCCCCGAAACUACACGGCAGGGCACAGCUGCAUCUACGCCAUCUCUGUCCCAAGGGAAUUUGUGCUUUUUGGCCAAUUUGUGUUCUUCCAGACUUCUCUCAAUGAUGUGGCUGAGAUCUACGAUGGACCUACUCAAGAGACGUCUCUUCUUUCCUCCCUCUCUGGCUCGCACUCUGGAGAGUCCUUGCCUUUGAGUUCAGGUAACCAAAUCACCAUCAAGUUCACAACUGUGGGACCACAAACAGCAAAAGGCUUUCAUUUUGUGUACCAAGCGGUCCCCAGAACCAGUGCAUCCCAGUGCAACUCUGUCCCUGAGCCUCGGUUCGGAAAGCGUAUUGGGAAUGAUUUUGGAGUGGGAGCCAUUGUGCUGUUUGAGUGCACCCCAGGAUACGCCCUGCACGGCCCCACGGCCAUCAGGUGUGAGGCGAUCCCGGACGCCCUGGCUCAGUGGAACGACUCCCUGCCCACCUGUGUCGUGCCUUGCGGGGGGGUCCUGACUGCACGGAGGGGGACCAUUCUGUCCCCUGGAUACCCCGAGCCCUAUGACAACAACCUGAAUUGUGUCUGGAGGGUCUCAGUGCCGGAGGGAGCUGGGAUCCAAAUCCAGGUCAUAAGUUUUGGCACAGAGCACAACUGGGACUCCCUGGAUUUCUACGAUGGGGCCGAUCACAACGCUCCAAGACUAGGCAGCUAUUCAGGGACAACAAUUCCUCAGCUUUUAAACAGUACAUCAAACAACUUGUACCUGACCUUCCAGUCAGACAUCAGCGUGUCAGCAGCAGGAUUCCACCUGGAGUACACAGCAAUAGGUUUGGAUUCCUGCCCAGAGCCUCAGAGCCCCCACUAUGGAGUGAAGGUGGGUGAGCGUUUCCUAGUGGGUGAUGUGGUGACCUUUCAUUGUGACCCAGGAUACUCUCUGCAGGGUAACACACACAUAACAUGUAUGCCUGGACCCGUGAGAAGAUGGAAUUACCCCGUGCCACUGUGUCUGGCUCAGUGUGGGGGAUCCAGGACUGAUUUCACUGGAGUGAUCCUGAGUCCAGGGUUUCCAGGGAAUUACCCCAGUGGUCUGGACUGCACUUGGACAGUCAAACUUCCUGUUGGCUAUGGAAUACACCUGCAGUUCCUGAACUUCUCCACAGAGGCCAUCCAUGACUACCUGGAGGUCCGCAGCGGCUCGCUGGAGACAGGCUCCGUGAUUGACAGGUUCAGCGGACCUGUGAUUCCUGAACCCCUCUUCAGCACCACCCAUGAGACCAGCUUUUUCUUCCACAGCGACUACUCGCAAAAUAAGCCUGGCUUCCACAUCAUUUACCAGGCGUACGAGCUGCAGAGCUGUCCUGACCCCCGGCCCUUCCGCAACGGUGUUGUGAUUGGUGACGAUUUCAGCGUGGGCCUGACCGUGUCCUUCGAGUGCCUUCCUGGGUACUCCCUGAUUGGCGAGGCCUCGCUCACCUGUCUGCACGGAGUCAGCAGGACCUGGAACCACCCUGUGCCACGCUGUGAAGCUCUCUGUGGUGGCAACCUUACAUCUGUGAAUGGGAUCAUCUACUCCCCAGGACAUCCUGCAGAGUACCCCAACUUUCAGGACUGUUUGUGGAACAUCCGGGUCCCACCUGGAAAUGGAGUGUACAUCAACUUCACUGUCCUGAGUACUGAGCCCAUCUACGACUACAUCACUGUUUGGGACGGACCCGACCAGAACUCACCGCAGAUCGGCCAGUUCAGUGGGAGCACAGCACAGGAGGCCAUAAACAGCACCUCAAACCAGCUGCUCAUCAAGUUUCAUAGCGACUUCAGUGGCAGCGGUUUCUUUGUCCUCCAUUACUAUGCGUACCAGCUCAGAGUCUGCCAGCCUCCCUCAGCUGUGGCUAAUGCGGGCAUUCUGACAGACGAUGAUGAAUUUGAAAUAGGUGACAUUAUCAGGUACCGGUGCCUGCCUGGGUUCACGCUGGUGGGCAGCGAGAUCCUGACCUGCAGGCUCGGGGAGAGACUACAGAUGGAUGGACCUCCGCCCACAUGCCAAGCGCAGUGUCCCGCCAGCGAGGUGCGCUUCGACUCGACGGGCGUCAUUCUGAGUCCCGGUUACCCAGACAGCUACCCCAACCUGCAGACGUGCUCCUGGACCAUCAGCGUGGAGAAGGGCUACAACAUCACCCUGUACUUCGAGCUCUUCCAGACAGAGAAGGAGUUUGAUAUCCUGGAGAUCUUUGAUGGUCCUAACAUCCAUAGCCAGAGUCUAGCUGUCCUGAGUGGUGACCUCACCACACCCUUCAACAUCUCUACCACUGGGCACCAGCUGUUCCUGCGCUGGUCUUCUGACCAUGGCACCAACAAGAAGGGCUUCAGCCUCAGAUAUGUUGCUCUGUACUGCAGCACCCCGGACUCGCCCCCCCACGGCUCUGUCCUCAGCCAGACUGGUGGGUAUCUGAACAGCGUGGUCCGCUGGGGCUGCGACCGCGGCUACCGGCUUAUCGGCAAGAGCUCGGCCGUGUGCAGGAAGACCCCCUACGGCUACUACACCUGGGACUCACCCGUCCCAGCCUGCCAAGCUGUGUCCUGUGGAGUACCCAAAGCGCCAGCAAGCGGCGGUGUGUUGAGUGCAGAUUACUCCGUGGGCACGCACGUGACCUACUUCUGCCACGACGGCUACAGGCUCUCCUCCAAGGAGCUGACGACCGCUGUGUGUCAACCCGACGGCACCUGGAGCAACCACAACAAAACCCCUCGCUGCUCAGUGAUGACCUGCCCCAGCAUCGCCUCCUUUUCGCUGGAUCAUGGCAGAUGGAGGAUUGUCAAUGGCUCGAAUUACGAGUACAGGACAAAGGUCAUCUUCACCUGUGACCCGGGGUAUUACCGCCUGGGCCCCGCCCAUAUCCAGUGCCUUGCCAAUGGAAUAUGGAGCUGGCGGAAUGAGAGGCCACGCUGCCAAAUUGUUUCCUGCGGUGAACUCCGCGUGCCCCCGCAUGGGAGGAAGAUUGGGACACAGAACACCUUUGGAGCAACGGCCAUUUUCACCUGCGACCCGGGAUACGUGCUGCUGGGGUCUGCAGUGCGCGAGUGCCUGUCCUCGGGACUGUGGAGUGGGACAGAGACUCAGUGCCUGGCUGGGCACUGUGGCGUCCCAGAGCAGAUUGUGAAUGGUCAGGUCAUUGGUGAGAAUUUCGGCUACAGGGAUACGGUGGUGUACCAGUGCAUCCCGGGGUUUCGCCUCAUCGGCUCUUCCGUUCGGAUCUGCCAGCAGGACCAUAGCUGGUCUGGACAGCUCCCAGCAUGUGUUCCCAUCAGCUGCGGCCACCCAGGCAGCCCCAUCUACGGCCGCACCGUCGGCAACGACUUCAAUCUCAACGACGUGGUGACCUUCUCCUGCAACACAGGCUAUGUCCUGGAGGGCCCGUCUCGAUCCCAGUGCCAAGCCAACCGUCAGUGGAGCCAGCCUCUACCAACUUGUCGAGUUGUAAACUGCUCAGAUCCCGGCGUCCCAGCUAAUGCUGUACGAGAGAGUAAGAUUGGUCAGGGGAACUUCACCUAUGGGACGGUGGUGUUCUAUGUCUGCAGUCCCGGCCAUUACCUGUUUGGGUCUUCCGUGCUCACCUGCCAGCCCACCGGACACUGGGACAGGCCCUUACCGGAGUGCAUUGUUAUCGACUGCGGUCACCCGGGUGUCCCGCCCAAUGGGAUUCUAAGUGGGGACAGGUUCACGGUCGGGUCAACAGUGCGGUACUCGUGCACAGACGGUCGGGAGCUGAAGGGCCCGGCGUCACGCACCUGCCAGUCCAAUGGGCAAUGGAACGCCUCCAUGCCACACUGUUCAGGGGACACCUCUGGCAGUUGUGGGGACCCGGGCACUCCUGCACAUGGGACCAGAGAGGAGAGUGGUUUCAGGGUGGGGGGUAAAGUGCGCUUCACCUGCACCACAGGUUCCACGCUGUACGGCUCUGCAGAGAGGAUGUGCUUCCCGAACGGCACUUGGUCAGGGAGGCAGCCCACCUGCAAACUGGUGAACUGUGGGAACCCUGGAACCCCUGCUAAUAGCCGUGUGUUCCACAUGGACGGGACCAGCUACUCCCACACCGUUGUUUACUCCUGCAUGGACCGCUACCUGUUGUCCGGCUCACCUGUGCGCCAGUGCCUAGCCAACGCCACCUGGUCUGGCAGCCCACCAAACUGCACAAUGAUAAAUUGUGGGGACCCUGGGACACCAGCCAACGGUCUGAGGUAUGGGGACAACUUUGUGGUUGGGCAGAACGUCAAGUUCCUCUGCCAGCCAGGAUACAUUAUGGAGGCUGCCGACUCCGUCACCCGUACCUGCACCAGCAAUGGCACUUGGAGCGGGGUAAUACCCACCUGCACAGCUGUGACCUGUGCCCCGCCCCCCGCCAUCUCUAACGGUCUGCUGGUGGGAGAGGACUUCCGAUGGGGAUCCAGUGUGAGUUACAGCUGCUCUGCAGGGUACGAGCUCUCCUUUCCUGCUGUCCUCACCUGCGUGGGGAACGGCUCCUGGAGCGGGGAUCUGCCACAGUGCUUGCCCAAGUUCUGCGGAGACCCUGGCAUUCCUGUGCAGGCGGUAAGAGAGGGACGCAGUUUCAUCUACCAGUCAGAGGUGUCCUUCAGCUGCAGUGCCCCCUAUAUCCCGGUGGGCUCAACAACACGUAUCUGCCAGGCCGAUGGUACCUGGAGUGGAAUCCAGCCCCGAUGCAUAGAACCAACUCGCACCACAUGUGAGAACCCCGGAACACCUCGCCAUGGUUCCCUUAAUAGAACUUCGGGCUUUAAGGUGGGCAGCCUAGUGCAGUUCCAGUGCCAGCCUGGUCACCUGCUGCAGGGUUCAACUACCCGACUGUGUCAGCCGGACUUCACCUGGAGCGGCUCCCAGCCUGAGUGCAUCCCCCACUCCUGUAAGCAGCCCGAGAGCCCCCCCCAUGUGAACGUCGUGGGAAUGGACCUGCCCUCCUUUGGGUACACCCUCGUGUACAGCUGCCAGGAUGGCUUCUUCCUCAGCGGGGGCUCUGAGCACCGGGUCUGCAGGUCCGAUGGAACCUGGAGCGGGAAGAUGCCAGUUUGUCGAGCCGGCUCAAAGUUAUCUGAGAAAACGAUUAAACCUAUACCGGGAACACCAAGCCCAAAAGUAACUGUUCCUGACGACGUCUUCACUCCUGACUACAUCUGGAAAGGCUCGUAUGAAUACAGGGGCCGGAAGCACCCUAUGACUUUGACCGUCACAAGCUUUAACAUGACCACAGGGAGGGUCAAUGUGACACUGACCAACAGUCACAUGGAGCUGCUGCUCUCAGGAGUUUAUAAAAGCCAGGAAGCAAGGCUGAUGCUCUUUGUGUACCAUGCAACUGCAGCAUCUCACAUCGUGUUAAGCAGGAUUAAAGACCAGACGUGGUCCAUGGAUGGUUUUGUUUCAGCAGAACCAGAUGGGGGCACCUAUGUGUUUCAAGGCUUCAUACAGGGUAAAGACUACGGCCAAUUCGGACUGCAGAGAAUAGGUCUGAACGUGUCACAGAGCGAUAACUCCUCCAGUACUCCCUCUGGUACCAGCAGUGCCUCUGUUGCCAUAGCAAUCCUUGUGCCUUUUCUUGCCCUGAUAUCUGCAGGCUUUGGGUUUUAUCUCUAUAAACAGCGGACCACACCUAAGAUGCAGUAUUCAGGCUGUUCGGCGCAUGAGAAUAACAACGGCCAGGCGGCCUUCGAAAACCCCAUGUACAACACCAACACAAAAUCCAUUGAAGGAAAAGCCGUUAGAUUUGACCCAAAUCUCAACACCGUGUGCACAAUGGUUUAAGGAAGUCAGUAAAAUGGACAUGAUCAUUCAAUUUUUUUCUAACGCUUUGCCAAACUAGAAGUUGUCAAGCUUCUGACUCAAGAAGAUGCACGUCCAUUGAUAUUUUAAAGCACACUUUUCAGGAACCAAUGAAUGAUGUGCAUCAGAAAGACAUCGGAAACCGAAUUCAGCCGAUACCAGUGUUGACUGACGAAAACCCAUCUUCACAACCAGAGUGGAGUGUUCAUCCCGUACCUUAUAUGCACUCUGAGAGUGCUUUUUAAAAAAAAAAAAACUAAAUCUGUAAAUCUACUUGCAUAUAUAUGAGGAGCAUUCACCACCUAUAUUUUUAUGCCAUAUAUCUAUAAUAUAUAAAUACAUACGUUGGAUGGGUGUGGUUUAUAGAGCCGUUUCAGAUAUGCCUUUCAGUUCGGAGAGCAGUUAAAAUCCUGUUACAGCGAGCCCAUUUCCUUUCAUUCAUUUGUUUCACUCCUGUCCCACGCACACACACACACACACACACACACACACACAAGCAGUGCUUCAUUAUGCUUCAUCAACUUCCCACAAAAGCUUACUUUAAUUAAAAAAAAAAAAGACUUUGAAGCUUCCUAAGUGGUACAGGAAGCUAAAGCGUUUGUUCCAAUCACAGGCUGAGCUGUAUCAUGUCUUCAGCCCGCAAUGAGCCACUAGUGGCAAUGUACCAGUUUCUCCUCUGUGACAGCCUCUAAUGGCUGGUGACGUGGCAAAGGAGGAGGUGCAAAGUCCCUUAGUGAUGUCCAAUCCAGGUGAUGUCCAAUAGGGGAGACAGUGGGACUUAAAGUGUGAAAAAUAGUCAUUGGCAUCAACUGAGUGUCUCAGAGGAUUUCACUCGGCUCAAUUCAGCAGUCCCACCAGGUGUGCAAAGAGUCAAGCCUAGUAUACAAUUGGCAAUUACAAAACUGAGGGGGGAAAGCCUACAUAUAUAGUCUCAUAGUCUAUAGUUUUCUUUGUUAGUCUUUAAUUUUUGUUGUCCCAUGUCUUUAAGUACAUUAGUCCAUCAACUCCAAUACUGUGAACAUAUGGUAUCAUGUACCCAUUCAGAAAUUAUCCAGUGCAACUAACAGAGCUUAAAGGAUACAUUGUACUCUAGGCCUAAGCACUAAAGACCUUUUUCAUGCAGGAAUUGCUGUAGUUUGUUAUCCUUUAAAUUUAGCUGUCUGUACACCAUAUUAGAGGACAUGUUUAAACAUCAGUAACAUAUCAUUUGCGAACUGAAUUCAGAUUUAUCUACUCUGAUA